CACAGAAUUCGUAAAAAUCAAAAGUAAAAUUUCAAAACUACCCCACACCUUUGAUAUUUUUCUUUCUCAUCAAUAAUAUGCUCUUAUUAAAUAUCUUCCAUUUCCCUGCUCUUAACGGCUACUUUUUCAUGCCCCUAAAACACUGUUUAUUUCUCUAGUUUGUGUCUGGGUUUUGAUUAAAUUUUAGGAUAUGGAUUUUCCGUCGUUCUUGACGUCUUUAGCGACGUCGUUUGUGAUCUUUCUGAUCUUAAUGCUACUGUUUGCAUGGUUGUCGGGAAGGCCUGGAAACGCUGUCGUUUAUUAUCCGAAUCGAAUCUUGAAAGGUUUGGAACCGUGGGAAGGCGGCGGGUCGAGUUCUCGGAACCCGUUUGCUUGGAUCCGAGAAGCGUUUUCUUCUAGUGAACAGGAUGUUAUUAACAUGUCUGGUGUUGACACUGCUGUUUACUUCGUGUUCUUGAGCACUGUGUUGUCGAUAUUUGUGUUAUCCGGCCUUAUUCUACUACCAGUUCUUCUCCCUGUUGCUGCUACUGAGAUAAAUCAGAUUAUCUCAAACUCUACAAGUGCGGGGACUUUUAAUGACCUUGACAAGUUGUCCAUGGGACAUAUUAAUGAGAAGAGUCCGAGGCUGUGGGCUUACUUGCUUAGUACGUACUGGAUUUCUAUUGUGACAUAUUUUAUGUUAUGGAAGGCAUACAAGCAUGUUUCUGGGCUGAGAGCUGCUGCUCGUUUGUCUCCUGACAUUAAACCUGAGCAGUUUGCUGUUCUUGUUAGGGAUAUACCUUCUGUUCCCGAGGGACAAAGUAUAAAGGAACAGGUGGAUUCAUAUUUUAAGUCUAUCUAUCCCGAGGCAUAUUACAGAUCCAUGGUCGCCACAGACAAUAAGGAGGUCAACAAAAUUUAUAAAGAGUUGGAAGGGUACAAGCAAAAGCUUGCUCGUGCAGAAGCAGUAUACGCCCAGUCUAAGGACACAGGCAAACCAGAAGGAGUAAGACCAACUACCAAACCUGGCUUUCUUGGUAUUUGCGGUGCAAAAAUAGAUAGCAUCGAAUACUUCAAUGAGAAGAUUAAGGAACUUUCCCUUAAGUUGGUAGCUGAGCAAAAGGUCACGCUACGGGAGAAGCAGCAACGCUGUGCUUUGGUCUUUUUCACCAACAGGGUGACAGCGGCAUCUGCUGCUCAGAGUCUGCAUGCCCAAAUGGUUGACACAUGGACAGUCAGUGAUGCUCCUGAACCUCGUCAAAUAGUAUGGUCGAACCUCAAAAUUAAGUUUUUCCAAAGAAUAAUACGACAGUACAUUGUGUAUUUCAUUGUGGCUCUGAUCAUAUUAUUUUACAUGAUACCAAUUGGAUUAAUUGCUGCAUUGACAACAUUGUCCAAUCUGAAGAAAGUUGUCCCAUUUCUUAAGCCAUUAGUGGAUAUGCCUGCGCUCAAGACAGUCUUGCAAGCUUACCUCCCUCAGCUUGCACUUCUCGUCUUUCUUGCUUUGUUGCCCAAGUUGCUCAUGUUUCUCUCCAAGAUGGAGGGAAUUCCUUCAGAGAGCCAUUUGGUGCGAGCCGCCUCCGGAAAAUAUUUCUACUUCACAAUUUUCAAUGUUUUCUUAGGAGUUACACUUAGCGGCUCCUUAUUCGAAACGUUAAAGACCAUUCAGGACGAUCCAAAUUCCACUGUUCCCAUGCUAGCAAAUAGCCUCCCAGGCAGUGCAACUUUCUUCCUGACCUUUGUGGCUUUGAAGUUCUUCAUAGGUUUUGGUCUGGAGCUAUCCCGCGUAGUUCCCUUGAUCAUAUUUCAUGUGAAGAGGAAGUAUCUUUGCAAAACUGAACACGAAUUGAAAGAAGCUUGGAAACCGGGAGAUUUGGGCUAUGCAACUCGAGUUCCUAGUGAUUUGCUUGUUGUCACACUCGUCUUCAGCUACUCAAUCAUAGCUCCUCUUAUUAUCCCAUUUGGAGUAGUAUACUUUGGCCUCGGAUGGCUUAUUCUUCGAAAUCAGGCACUCAAAGUAUAUGUCCCGUCCUACGAGAGCUACGGAAGGAUGUGGCCGCACAUUCAUACGCGAAUCCUCGGUGCUCUACUAUUGUUCCAAGUCACUAUGACUGGUUACUUUGGAGUGAAGAAAUUUAUAUAUACUCCAUUUGUGAUUCCACUCCCUAUUACCACUUUUAUCUUCUUCUACGUCUGUAGGAAGAAAUUUUACAGAUCUUUCAGCGACCCGGCUCUUGAAGUCGCUAGCGGCGAACUCAAGGAAAUUCCGAACAUGGAACAAAUCUUCAGAUCCUUCAUCCCACCAAGCUUAAACUCUGAAAAAGUUGACGAUGACCAGUUUGAAGAUGCAUUAUCACAAGUUUCAAGAAUGGGAUCAUUUGCUUGAUGUACAAAUAUUUGUGCAUAGUUUAAGUAUUACAGCAGAACAUCUGUUAUUUCCACUUGUCCAUCAUUUUUAAAGUUAGAUUGGUAUUAUUGUUUCGUUAGUUAUUUGUAACAUAGCCAGUUUUUUCUCGGUGUGAUUUUUAUGUAAUUGAUGGGUUCAUCACUUGUUUGUUAAUGGAGCUAGCAAAUCCUAUUCAAUUUCAAA